AAACCAAAGCAUUCCGGAAUUGUCAAAAAAAUCCGAAAAGAAUCAAAUAAGUUCUAAAUGUUAUCGUAAGUGCUUUUUUGUCAAGAAAUGCAAACGAGAUUUUCAUCAGGGAAUAGCUGAAGAAAAUUGAGUUGUUCUUGAUUUAAAUUGUGUUUAAUAAAACAAUAUUAUUUACAACCACAUCUAGUAUAAACAAGAUACCCUUUGAGAAGUAAAACAUAACAAGGCUGCAGUGACCCAAACAUUUGUAAGAAGGUUGUCUUCAGAGAUUUCUGCAUAGAUUGCGUUUCUGGUAUGCUGAGGGACGCACUCAAUUGAGCAACCUGUAUUUCCGACAUCUGACUUGAGAAGAUUGAGCCUGCAUUACCAUCAAAACAACAAACAGCAAUCACCACAGAUUGUUUUGAGUGCAAUCUUCUGAAGAAAAAGUCAUCCCUCACCUGUUUUACCAUUUCAAUCAAAACAGUGAAGACCUUUCAGAUCAAACAGACAGAGUGAAGACCUUUCGUUUAACGCAAUCAAAGUGAAGACUUUUCAGUUAAAACAAUCAAGAGUGAAGAUUCAGUUAAAACAAAGGGAGUGGACACCUUUACAUUAAAACAAACAGAGUGAAACAAACUAUCAGUUCAAACUUACAAAGUGAAGAUCAUUUACCAGCAGUUUAUAAUAGACAAAGUGAAGUGCCAUAUAGAGUGAAUGAAUUAAUACAAUCUUCAGACUUGACUUCCGGUUUGUUUCGAAGAAGAUAAUUUAUGUUAAAAGUGUGCUGAGCAGGGGCAUAUCAUUUACAUUUUACACAAACAGGAAAGAAGGCAUUUACAAAAACAGAGAAUCAUUGAUUGUUACUGAAAGAUAAGUUGUGCUGCUCGCAUUAAAUUCUAAAAAGAGUUUCAACUGUCAUAUACCUGGAUUCAGUAUUUAUUAACAUAGAUGAAAACUGUAUAGAAAAUUCCUCUUUUCAAACAAUUUAACCACAACAAUCAAACUGUUUACCACAUACAAACCUUUGUAAUUCUUUUCUAAGAAUAAUUCACUGUUUAUCCGUAUCACAUACAUAGUAAGCAACAUUACUUUCAAGAGGACCUUAUAAGUCGCCCAACCAAAACAGUGACCUGGUCUAAGAAGUGACCUAAUCUAAAAAGUGACUCGCAGUCAGUUUGCAGGUUGUGUCCCCCUCUUGCACAGGGAUGUCAGGGGAAGAGGGCAGGCCGAUGCUUCCAUUUAUGUUGUCUGGCCGCGUCACUCAGGUGGUAGACCCACACAACUUCUGGAUGCAGCUUUGGACAUCGGAGAGCUUACAUCACUUUGAGCAGCUUCAGCAGAGUCUAGAGCAGUUUUGUGAGCAGAGUUUCUCUCCCCUCUCUGACUUGGAUGACCUGCAGGAAGGUGACAUGGUGUUGGUGGAAUGUAGCCCUGGGGAUCAGCCGCACUGGAGGCGGGGCAUCAUCACACGCAUCAUGUCCAGCAGGCAAGACAGUGUAGAUGUGAUCUUCAUCGACUACGGCUACACAGAGAUGACCUCGAGAGAUCACCUGUGUGCAGAGUUCCCCGGCGCGUUCAAAGCUCUUCCUCAGCAGGCUGUGAGAUGUACCCUUGCAGGAGUGGUACCGAUAAGCAAGAGUUGGACCAGUCGAAGUACAAAGAUAUUCCAGCAACUGACAGGUAGCAAGAUCCUGCAGGUUUUGGUGGUCCACUAUGACGACAGUUACCACUACUACAAGGUGGCACUCUACCCUGGAAAUGAGGACAAUGCAGUAUCGGUGUCUCAUAGCUUGAUGGAGGAAGAAGUGGCCAUGGGCAAUACUGAAGAGGAGAUACCAGAAGUCGCCGGUGAUGUCCCAGCAUUCAUGGAUAAAUUCCUGUCAGGGAGUUCACCUACAGGGUCCACUUCAGACAAGUCUGAUAAAGCCGAAGCAUUGUCCCCAACGAAAUACACCACCACAAAUUGUGAUAAAUCCCCACUUCCUAGCAAUGAGAAAUACAUUCCCCCUCAUGUGAAAAAUCCUGGAGUCACUUCUGGUGCCCUGCCACCAGGAUAUGAAAAACAGCAGGCCCCAAACUCUGGAUAUGCAAAACAGUCAGUGCAGGCCCCAAACUCUGGAUAUGCAAAACAAUCAGUGCAGCAGGGUUAUGGAGCCAAUCCUGUGGCCUUUUCAACAGGAUAUGAAAAACAGCCAGCUCAAAACUCUGGAUAUUCACAACAGCCAGUGCAAUCAAGUUAUGGGAAACCUGGCCCUGAUUCAGCAUAUGUAAAACAUUCUAGUGAGAGUGAUAAGCAUGGUGGAAGCAGACAGCAGACAACACCUCCUAGGAGCUUUAAUUACCAUGGAAACUAUUCAAGAACACCAAAUAAAUUACAAACAAGUUCUGCCAUAGAGAUCAAAGAGAAAAUUGCCAAUGACUUUUUCCCUUUUGACAAUGUUUCUGUUUAUCCACCAUCACCCGUGUCUCCGUCAAGGAGUCCUAAUAAAGCUUCACUUUCACAUUCAAAUAGGCAAGGUCAGGGCUCAUAUUUUUCAAGGUCACCCCCAGGCAGUAUUAAUAACCAAAGAAUAAAUAAUAAUAAACCUUCUGGGGAUGAAAAUUCAGAUGACGGCCAAGUGCUGCGUAAUGGAAAGAGAGAAGAAAGAAAAGACACCAUUUACCAUCGGAAGCCUGAAGGCAGAUCCAAUUUUCCACCAGCAUCACCAGUUACUCAUACAUUUGAGCCAAGUUUCAUGGCUAAUAAAUCUAAUUCGGCCACCCAUCCCAGUCCAUUCAGAAGUCCCAUUAAAUCAGACACUCGUUACAUUAAUGCAACUGCUCAGGGCCCACCAAGAUUGGACAUGGAAGCAGCUAGUGGCAUCGUGCCAACAUUUUACGCACAGCAACCUCCAAGGAUGCACCACCAUCAUCACAAUACCGCAAUGGAGAACCUUUCUAACCUUCCGUCCGUUACCAAACCAGAACUAAUCACCCCUGGUUAUUACCAGUCUCAUAUGAAUCAACCACCCAUAAAUUACCUCCCCCCACCCCCGCCAGAUUUCAACAGUCCCUCACCAGCCAAAAUAGUCAGCUUUUCCCAUCCAGUUAGAUCUCCAAAUGUGCCAUUUCUCGGAAAUAGUACCCGAAAUGAUCAGUAUGAACGAUCCUCUGAACCUAAUUACAACAGCAAUAUUAAUUGUGAUACGACAACUGAUUCCAAAUAUCCACCACCAAAAAAUGGCCUGGAUAGAAAUCUAACAAGAAAUGAAGGAAAUAGCAUUCCUAAUUCAGGUCAAAAUAAAAGAUACAAUUCAUCGACAACGCCAACAAAAUACGUUAGGCAGAAUAGCAAUAAAUGGACACCAACAACGCCAGAUGAUGAAGCGAUUGAAAGUUUUAAUUUCAGCGAGUUUGAUCACACGCAAGCUUUGUCGAAGGAUCAUCUUAACGAGCGUGUGCAGAGAGAGAAGCGGCAAGCAUUGCAGGAAGAAGCAGCUGAGGUUGAACGAGAAAGUAAAGAACAGGCUAAGCUGACGGAGUUGGCAAGAUUUGGUACUCGAUCAAGCCUAUCGGACCAUGAAAAUCCAUAUGGUGAGAUUGAGGACGCUGCCGGUGCAUUUGAUUCACCUGCUAAUGACUACACCACAAACUAUGAGCCAAAAGAGUUGGAGUAUGUGCGAUAUACGACUAGAAAAGUUCCACCUGCUGAGCAUUCAAAGUCCCUGACCAGCGUACCCAGACAUCUGGCGGACAUCGACUUCUCACAAGCUGUCAAGGAGGUCUUCCAGUUCACAAAGCAGGACGGUCAAGUGAAGAACAUGAAAGCUCUACUGGACAAUGUGUUCGAGUCACUGACCAAGGGUUGUACAGAGAAGCAGUUAUGUGACGUGAUACAGGUGCUACUGUCAAGGGCCAUCAAGGAUUAUGACGUGUUCUACACUGAGGUCAUGGAAGAACUAUCAUCACUGCAUGCCAAGAUGGACAUUGAGGAGAGUCUUGUUCAGGCCCUGAAAGAGCAACAAGAGCUGUACAUCCGUAGGAAGAAACAUGGCACACUGCAUAUAAACUGUGCACGAGUCACUGCACAUGUUUAUGAGGCAGCCGCAUUUUGGGGAGAAAAAGGAAAUGCUAUUCAAGAGUGCAUACUUCAAACAUUUGAAAGAUGGAUUAUAUUCAAUGCGAAGGGUCAAAGUAAAAUAGACCAAGAUGACCUUUACACAGAAUGUGUGACAGCUUUCUUUGAGGUCUCUGGGAAAUCAGUGCGAUAUGACCGUGCGUUCUGCAAUCGUAUCAAAGAGGACUUGAUGCAGAAGAUCCUGAAUGAAAGCGUGUCCAGACAUAUUCGUGAGAGUCUGUUGAGGGACAUAUUUCUGGGGCUGUUUACGAGAGAAGUGGAAGGUCACGAUGUUACGACUCAGACACCACGGAAGACUAUGAUUCCAUCAUCGUGUCAGGUCAAACCAGCCACUAGAGAUCAAGGGUGUUCUACUGCUGUAGACUGGCAGAAUGAAGACUACUUCUGUAUGGACACUGAAACGGUUGCUACGACAACCACAUCUCUUGCUCAGUCCAAUAAAGCAGUUGUUGUAGAUAUAGGGGAGCGUUCUAGUACCCCAGAGCCAAAUAUCAGUCUUCGUCCCAGAGGUAGGGGCCGGAAAUCUAAACCAGUUUCUGUGGAAACUGCAAGCGUUGGAGCUGAAAGAAGUGGCAUCGGUCAUACAUAUGCAAAUGUUGUAAAUGUUUCCCUGGACAGUUCUGUGUAUUCAAAUCCCUCAGACAGUAUCUACUUAACACCAAACGAAGUUGAACACCCACGUGAUGGGAAUGAAACAAGUGAUAAAUCUUUCUCAGGAGAGCAGAAUCUGCUUGCUUCUUUUAAUCAACAGACUUGUAUUGCUUCUGAUGCUGAUGAUCAGAAUUCUGCUUCUGAAAAUGGGUCAACAAAAAGCAGUUCCAAUAGCAAUAAGUCAAGCAAUAACUCAAACAACUCCAGGCUAAAUGGAAAUGAAGCAGCUAAACCCAGUAUUAAAGAGACGAAAGAGGCGCGAGACAGUUAUCAGGAGAGAAGCAUUGUUGAUUGGUUUGAUUUUGAGCCACAGCCAGGAGAUCUUGCUAAAACUGUUCAAGAGAAGAAGUUGAAGACAAACGUCAAGCUAGAGUCUGCAACUAUGAACAUUAUACAGAAUGAAAUGGACAAGAAGGUAGUGUCGCCGAUGAAAAUUAUACAAAAUGAAAUGGAUAAGAAGUUAGUAUCGCAAAAACAGGAGCACAAAACAAAAAGUAAAAAGGAAAAACAGAAAGGGAGAAAUCUUGGUGAACAGGAUACUAAAAAAACUGAAAAGUUGUAUCCUGAAUCAGUUGUAAAGGAAAGUGCCGUUGAAGCGAAGAAGGAAGGAAAUGCAGUGAAUUCUAAAGAGGGAAUUACUGAGGUAGCACUGGAAGAAAAUUGGGAUGUUGGUUUCAGGAAUGAGAACUAUUCAGUGGUGAGUGAAAAUAGUGAAAAUAUUAGCAAAGUGAAGGGUAGAGAAAGCAUUGAGAGGGUUAAUGGAAGAAAUGGAAAGGUUAUCAGAGAAGAUGAAAAUGUUGAUAAAGUGAAGGGUAGAGCAAGCGCUGAAAGGGAUGUUAGUGGAAAUGCCAAAGUGAUUAAUGCAGAUGGCAGUAAAGGGGAUGAUAGUAGAAAUAUGAAAGUUAUGAGGGCAGAUGACAGUAAGGAUAUAGACUGGUGGAGUGACGUUGAACCACAGGGACUAGGUGUCAUACCAGGAGUGACAAGCUCAUGUGGUAUUUUUACAGACAAUGGCCCAGAUGUUAUUAUCGAAGAUGAACUUGAACAGGACAUCACUGGCAAUCAAGAAGACUUCGAUUUAAAUGAUCUCCGCGCGGAAGCUGAGAAAAGUGUUUCCUUGUGUGAUGAAAUUGAGAUAAACAAUACAAGUGACGCAUCAAUUGUGUUUGACCAAAAAGGUGUUGCGACAAACUUUGUUUCUGGUCCGCCAGAGAUUGUAGCAAGUUACAAAGAUGAGUUCGCUUUCGAUGUUCAAGAUGAAUGGCGCAGCGAUGAAGACGACUUUGAGCUCAACGGGAAAGCGGACCCUGAGUAUGAGGUUCAAUUCCCAAACUUAGAUUUACAUUCAGUGAUUCGUAACCCUGGACCGUACUCGGUACCAGAUGUUGGAUUCAGCUCAAAUGCAGGAAGGGCUCAUCAAGUCUCACCCAGCCUGACUUUAGCGGAGUACCUGCCUGUAGUGGAGGCACAGGUUGAUACUGCAGCGAGGCCAAGAUGGGUGCCAGGGGCACGGCGGUGUUUUUCAUGUCACCAGACCGACCACACAACAGAUGUGUGUCCGAAUAACCCAAGCAUUCUGUCGUAGAUUUGUUGGACUGAUUUUCUGUUUUAGCACUACCUGAGUCACAGCAGAAAUGUCCUAUUGGUACUAAAAUUGCUGAAAAUGUUUUAAAUAGAAGUAGAUUUUGUACAGUUUCAUAUAUUUCUAUCUGUAUAAAUUGCAUUUUGGUUACUAGUCCAGAUUUCCUAGUGCCAAGAUAGAUUUUACUACUUAAUCACCCUGGGCUAAUAUGCCAUUUGUGCAAACAUUUUGUCUCAGAUAUAUUAUAUUCAUUUACCAUGUCCCAGGGCUAUGAUUCAUUAGGCAAUGAAAGUUAAAUUGUACUCUAAGCCAUGUCAGUAUUUAACAGGCACCUUGUAAAUGUUUUUAUUUAAUGUGUUUUCUUUAUGGAUGUUAUUAUACCCCCACAAACGAAGUUUAGGGGGGUAUAUAGGAGUGAGCUUGUCUGUCGGUCUGUCUGUCGGUCCGUAUUAAGUGUCAGCUCUCUAAUUCAAGUAGUUUUCAUCCGAUCUUCACCAAACUUGGUCAGAAGUUUUAUCUAGACGAUCUUAAGGCCAAGUUCGAACAUGGGCCUUGUCGGGUCAAAAACUAGGUCACGGGGUCACUUAGUGCAUUUUAAACAUUCAGCAUUUUGUCCGCUCUCUAAUUCAAGUAGUUUUCAUCCGAUCUUCACCAAACUUGGUCAGAAGUUGUAUCUAGACGAUCUUAAGGCCAAGUUUAAAUAUGUGCCUUGCCGGGUCAAAAACUAGGUCACCGGGUCACUUAGUACGUUUUACAAAUUGAGCAUGGUGUCCGCUCUCUAUUUCAAGUAGUUUAAAUCCGAUCUUCACCACACUUGGUCAGAAGUUGUAACUAGAUGAUGUGUAGGUCAAGUUUGAACAUGGGCCAUGCCGGGUCAAAAAUUAGGUCACGGGGUCACUUAGUGUGUUUUAAACCUCACCAUGUUGUCCGCUCUCUAAUUCAAGUAGUUUUUAUCCAAUCUUCACCAAAAUUGGUCAGAAGUUGUAUCUUGAUAAUAUCUAGAGCAAGUUUGAAUAUGGGUCAUGCCGGGUCAAAAAGUAGGUCACGGGGUCACUUAGGGCGUUUUAAACAUCACAAUGUUGUCCGCUCUCUAAUUCAAGUAGUUUUCAUCCAAUCUUCACCAAACUUGGUCAGAAGUUGUAUCUAGAUGAUGUCUAGUUCAAGUUUGAAUAUGGGUCAUGCCGGGUUAAAAACUAGGUCACGGGGUAUGUUAGUGCAUUUUAAACCUCACCAUGUUGUCCGCUCUCUUAUUCAAGUAGUUUUCAUCCAAUCCUCACCAAACUUGGUCACAAGUUUUAUCUAAAUGAUUGCUAGGACAAGUUUGAACAUCGGCCAUUAUGGGCCUAAAACUAGGUCACGGGGUCACUUAGUGCGUUUUUUAACAUUCAGCAUGGUGUCAGCUCUCUAAUUCAAGUAGUUUACAUCCUAUGUCACCAAACUUUGUCAGAAGUUUUAUGGAGAUGAUCUUAAGGCCAAGUUAGAACAUUGGCCUUUCUGGGUCAAAAACUAGGUCAAGGGGUCACUUAGUGCGUUUUAAAAAUUGAGCAUGGUGUCCGCUGUUUUUUGUGAAGACGACAUGCAAAAUAUUAUGUGUCAAUGCGGCAUGUGGGGGUAUUCGUCACGUCUGUGACAAAGCUCAAGUUGUUUAUGAAAGUUAAAAUGAAUGAUACUCAUAAAAUCAUAGUUAUCAUGGAUUAUAAAUGUGCACUGGUACAGAAUACACGAAGCAUCUUGUAUUAAAUGUUCCCUUUUCAUUAAAUCUGAUAACUUUGUUUAGAGUUUCAUUCCAUGUAUCAAAAAUCAGAAAAAGUAAUAAUCUAUUUUAAAUAAUAGCAAUAAUAAUUAUGAUUUUCCAAACAAGUAGAAUGAAUAGCAACAUCAUGCUACAUACAUUAACAUAUAUGGAAACUUAUUUGAAAUGUCACAGCAUACUGAACUGGCUGAGGAUUUAUGUGCUGUCGUCCCUCAUCUCCCACCAACAGCACGACCAGUCAAGAGAAUGAUGAUGAUGAUGAUCAUGAUGAUUUAAACAGAGCUUUGUUGAUUUAUUGUGCCCUUUAAGUAUUAAAUUUUUAUGCCCCCUUUCAAAGAAAAGGGGGCAUAUAGUGAUCGGACUGUCCGUCUGUCUGUCCAUCCGUCUUUCCGUCACACUUUGCGUUUAGGUUUCGAAAAAUGCCCAUAACUUCUAUGUCCCUUGAAAUAUAACCUUCAUAUUUGGUAUGCAUGUGUAUAUGGACAAGGCCUUUCCAUACGCACACAUUUUUUUACUCCUUUGACCUUGAACUUAGGGUCUGCGUUAGGUUUCAAAAUCUGCAUUAAGGUUUCGAAAAAUGCUCAUAACUUCUAUGUCCCUUGAGAUAUAACCUUUAUAUUUGGUAUGCAUGUUUAUAUUGACAACGCCUUUCCGUACGCACAAAAAUUUUGACCCCUGUGACCUUGACCUUGAACUUAGGGUCUGCGUUUAGGUUUCAAAAUGAUCUGCGUUUAGGUUUCAAAAAAUGCUCAUAACUUCUAUGUCCCUUGAGAUAAAGCCUUCAUAUUUGGUAUGCAUGUGUAUAUGGACAAGGCCUUGACAUACGCACAAAAAUUUUGACCCCUGUGACCUUGACCUUGAACUUAGGGUCUGCUUUUAGGUUUCGUAAAAUGCUCAUAACUUCUAUGUCCCUUGAGAUAUAACCUUAAUAUUUGGUAUGCAUGUUUAAAUGGACAAUGCCUUUCCAUACGCACAAAAAUUUUGAUCCUUGUGACCUUGAACUUAGGGCCUGCGUUUAGGUUUCGAAAUCUGCGUUUAGGUUUCUUAAAAUGCUAUAACUUCUAUCAAAGCGUUUAUAGGGGGCAUAUGUCAUCCUAUGGUGACACUCAUGUUUGUUAUUGAAAUUGGGCUUUCUCAUUUCAACAGCUUGUAUUGCUAUGGAAUGAGGCGAAUGCUUUGUUCUGGGAUAUGGAUGCGUAAAAUGAGUUUCAUUGUAUACGGUAGUUUUUUUUCGGCGUAGCUGUUUUAGCAAGCUUUUCACCUUACCUGACCUUUGUAAGUGUCCAAUAAAAUUCAAAUAAAAUUUCGCGCGGCUAGAUACGAGUGAAUACACUUCAUUUAUGCCAUCGGCUGAUAUGAGAAUAAUUCCCACCCAUUGGAAACAUGACCGCGUCUUUGUAGUAUAGCGUGUAACAAUGUUUCACUGCGUGUUGAGCAUGAAACAAUUUUAUCUCUAAUGAACAGGCUUGAUGGAUAGAACAGUUUUACACUCAUUUCUUGACAUCAAUACAGUUUGUGCGUGCACCUUUUAUUUUCAGAGGAUUGUAAGCGCCAGAGCGUUUGUACUUAAAGGCUAUGUUCUUAUAUUGAGAAAUUACUACCAUAUUGCUGCCUGUGUACAUGUACUAGUAUAUUUUAUUUCAUAAAAGUAUCGUUUUUCCCUAUCCUGAUAUUUGUUUUGGCAUAACCAUUUUUAAUUAUUUUGAAAAUUGAACAUUAUACAUGUAAAAGUAUAAAGUUUUAAACAAGCCGUCGUUCCAGCAGUGUAAUCUUGACCUCACUUUAAUGAAUUGCAUUCUUACCCGCAAGGUAUCCGGGUCAGUUUGCGGCCAGUAAAUUGAUCGUUAUAUAAUAUAGGCGCUAUCGGCGUUAACUAGGUGAACUGGAGUUGUAUUUAGACCAGAAAUAUGUUAAAUGAAGAUACUCGGCAAUAUAACUAUAGUAGGUCAAUCAUAGAUUCUUAAUGUGUCUUCAACAAUACCAUGAUAAAUAUUAUUUUUGAAUAAUUAAACAAGCAUUAUUCCACCAUUUUGACCAAUUUUUUAAGCAUGAGCGCGAUGAUUCCUGAUACUGUUUAUAAUCGAAUGAAAAAGCAAAGCCUGACACACCACUGAAACAGGUUUGUUCGAAGAACGCGCAAUAAAUAUUUAAAAUAUGUAUGGUACUUUGCGUGUGGCCGGUUGACUUGUAUGUUUUAAUUUCACUUCCAUUCUUCUUUUGUUUUUCUGUUAUGUAUCUAUAGAUAUAUGAUAAGCAAUAUGUAAUAAUGUAAAAUAAGCCACAAAAACUCUGCGUAACAUCCCGUACUGCAUGUGAUGCAGCUAAGAACUGCAUGGAAAAAGACAUUCGCUAUCUUUGAUCUCAUUCAUUAGACUCUUUACCUUUCACCAACUCUAACCACAAGCAACGCCAUAUAUCUUUUUUAUAGAUAUUUCUUGUUUGUUUGUUUUUUUUAUAAUUGAUCAAGGUGUUUUCAUUCCCUCAUUUGUUAUCUACAAUAAUGCGUAUGCGCACAUGAUGGUAAUGAUUUAGGUGGGCAGUGUUUAUUUUCCACAAAAUACCAAAAUAGAUAGGCAUGAACACUUGAUUUGGAGAAAAAUCAGAACAAAACCUAGGUCUACUACAAAAUAAAGGCAAUCUAAUGUUGUUAGGUUUAAGCUCUGCAUGGCAAGUUGCUUUAACAGAUUUUUACAUCACUGAUGUAUGUACUCAGUAUGAUAAAGUCUCCUACUAACAACACAAAAAAUAUUUUUUUUCUAAACACUUGCUUGUCAUUCUGCUAAAAAUUAAACUUCAGAUUAAUAUGUUACAGUUUUAACAAACUAGCACAAACAAAACAAGGCAUGCUAAAGGAAACAACUGUUUGUACCUCGUACAAUAAACUCACAGACGACCUUACCCUUUACCUUUUAGAUACGUAUUUUGAUGCAUUUGUAUUACCUCAGAAAUUUUAAUUUCAUUAAAGACCUUUCUUACUGGAUUCAAGUUUUAAAGGCUUCAUUUCCAACCCUUGGAUACUGAUGAGCAGCAAACAGCAUAAAACCUGAACAGACUGCAAGUUACUUGCAGGCUGUUCUGGUUUUAUCCUGUUUGCAUAUACCCAUUUUCGCUUUGCUUCUGCGUGGGAAAGGGUCAGAAAAUCACCCCAUGAAAAUUAUAUUUUUGUGUAGGCGACUUUUGAAAAUAGCAAUUGUUCACCAGUAUUAAGUUACUUGAUAUACAUGUAUUGUUGUAUUUUUUUAGUGUCAGAGGGAGUGACUUAUUCUGAAAAUGAUUAUGCAUGAACAUUUCACAAUCCCCAUAUGAUUAUAUCAUUUAAUUACUGAACAGUGUAUAUUUUCUUAUAUGCAUAUUGACUGUUUUUAAUACUCCCCUUUAAUUGAGUAAAAGUAACUUUAUCAAUUGUUCAAAGUUUUAUUGUAAUUGAAUAUUUAAAUAUAACACUGGUAGUUUUUGUCUCUUUACAAUGCUGAAACACAUGUUAUUAUAAUAGUUGUUAAUUUCCUCUACCACUGUAUUAUAUAUGAGCACAAUAUUGGACAACAGGGCUUCAUGAAUGUGUGUUAAGUGUAGCCCCAUAUUGGUAUGUGCAGUAUGAACAACUAUGAAGGACAGUUCUCUUCCCCUAAUCUAGAUUAGGUCUGGAAAUCAUUUCUAUUGUAUGAUUGAUUACAAAGUCAUUGUGUGUUCAAAAACUGCAGACAUAAGUUAUCAUACUUUACAAUAAUGAAUAAUCAGUGAUUAAUUGUCCAUGAUAGGUUAUGUAUAUUAAUUAUGUUGCAUUCAAAGAUUCCACACUGUAUCACCAUGAAAAUUGAAUCAUUUGAUACAAUGAUCAAUUUUUAAGAUUUCUAGAUAAGUAUGUGCAAAUUGAUUUGUACCAUUGUAUAUAAAGUCACUAUAUUAAAAGAAUACCAACAGUAGAAAUCAUUACCUCUCCCCGGCCUCUUUAAUAGUAAUUGUUUUGUGGUGAAAUGAUGAUUUAUGUUAGCGUAGCAACUAAAUUUGUCUUUUGUUGUAUAUUUAUAUGUUUUAUUAUAUCUAUUAUUUUCAUUAACCACUGUUAUUGACAGUACCUAUUUUGUAAAUAACCUGUUAAUAAAAGAGUUAUUAUUUAUAGGUGUGUGGGCAUAAAGUGCUAUGUUUUUGGUGUUUAUUGCAUUGACAAGAUAUACCGGUAGCAAUAAAAAUACACUGAAAA